CUAAUUUUGAAAAUAUCAAUUUUAGAUUUAACACUAUCAAUUUUUUUUUUAAAUCUUUUCAUUUUUCUCACUUUGUUAUUGUCGCAAAGUCGCCAUCAAACGAUAAUAUUAUUCUCGAUAGUAUACUUUCACUAAAUACAUACAUCAUAUCGUAUAUAUAAUUAGUACACGUUUUUGUAUUCGUGCAUGCGCAACAUAUAUUUCCUUGAUACAUAAUUUUAUUUUUCGCGUUCAGUGCCAAACAUAUAGAAAUGGACCGAAGAUCAUCAACUUACAAAUCGCGUCCAGCGUCGUCCAAACCAUCAGGUCCUGGUUGCGUUAUAUGUUUUAAAAUGCAAUCAAUUUAUUCAAUUGGUACGUGCGAUCAUCCUGUAUGUUAUGAGUGUUCGACUACCAUGCGAGUGCUCUGCGAUCAAAAGGAGUGUCCAAUAUGCAGACGAAUGCUGACCAAGGUAAUUUUUACCAAAGAUGAGUUGGAUUUGUUUAAAAAUUUGGAUGAUCGUUCAUAUCCUCGAUAUAACAAAAAAUAUGGCAUUGCAUUUGGUGAUCUUUCUGUGGAAAAUUCAUUUGACCAAUUAUUGCGUUGCUACUGUAAAAAAUGUUACGAUCACCCAGAGUUCCAGUCGUUUGAACAAUUAGCAACACACAUGGAACGAAACCAUCGUCUUUAUGCUUGUCGCCUCUGUGUGAACAAUUUAAAGAUAUUCCCAAGCCAGAGACGUUGGUAUAACUACGAUGAGUUAACUAGACAUGAAGAAUGCGGCGACCCUGAUAAUACAUCUCACCGGGGUCAUCCUAAAUGUCAAUUUUGUAAUGUCCGUUACUUAGACAAGGAUGAGCUUUAUAAACAUCUAAGGAAGGAGCAUUUCUAUUGUCAUUUUUGUGAUGCCGAUGGUAUUCAAGAUUACUACAUGUCAUAUGACUGGCUAAGAAAGCAUUAUUACGAGAAUCACUACCUCUGCGAAGAAGGAAAUUGUAUUAAUGAACAAUUUACGUCAGUUUUUCGUACAUCGAUCGACUUACAAGCUCAUAAAGCGCAAACACACAGCAGGGACUUGGGGAAACAAGGAUAUAAAGAAGCCCGUACUUUAAAACUUGAAUUUAACUUAAGACCGCGACACAAUCCAACAGUUGAAGCUAGCAGGCCUAACCAGUACCAACCGCCACGCCAACCACCUCGUCAGCCUACAUCUGAUAAUUCUCUUAAUAACAACAAUCAUUCCGACGGUCACAUGUUGCCUACAACAUCAUCAGAUCGUGCUAUCAAUGUACGCAAUACUGCAGACUUCCCAUCGCUAAACGGUCAGCACACGACGGUGUUGCCAUGUGCCCGCACCAGGAAACAAAAUCAAUCGGUUAAUACACGAGACUUGCAUUCGUUCCCGGCUCUAGGACAGGACCCCCAGCCGUCAGUGGCAACCAAGGUCCAGAAACCGGCGAUGAAUAACAUUCGAAUGGCCGCAGUGUUAAAAAAACCAGCAGAACCUCCUAAACCGGAUCGAAACAAAGACACUAAGGCUCUUUCAGGCCCACGAUUGCCUAACCAAGCCAAAGAUUUUCCAUCGCUGGACGGCAACCAUAAUCAUCAGCCACAGCAGCAGCAAAACUUGCAACACCCCAAGUUGACCGCCAAUAAAGAGAUAGUGGCAGCCAGUAGUUCGAGCGGUGGAAGUUGGGUGUCUAAAGCCAAAACGGGUAACGAGAGUGACAAGAAAAAGGUGAAAAAAGAACCACCAGCCAUCAAGAAAAAAAUAGCUGAGGCGCCAAAGGUGCCAGGCCCGUCGGACUUUCCGAAUUUGAACAAAAAAUAUGAACCGUCCAAAAGCAACCUGGCCAAAUUAGGUGGCAACAAGAAAAAAACAGAUAAUUCAAAAAAAAACUCGCCUACAGAAAACAAUGUCAACGGGAGCAGUAUUGUACAAAACGGGAAGAAAACCCCUUCGACUGUGGAUAGCAACGGUAGUAAUAAGGAAAAUUUCAAUAAACCCAAUACCAAAAACGUUGACGCAGUGCAGAUGUGUAACGGUGGUGCGGCCGGCGACGUGUCGUCCAAGACUGCAAUCGCGACAACUUCAACGAAUAAUAAGGCGGUCGCUGUUAAGACUGAAGUGAUAAAAUCCGUCGCUACAGUCCCGACUGAACAGCCGAAGAGAGAGUCGUCUAAAAAGAAAGAGUCUACUACGGUCAGCCGAACGUCAGCGCAACCUGACGAAGAAUCCGUUUCGGAUACCAACAACCCAAAGGACAAGAAAAAGAGAAAAAAGAACGAAAACCGAGGAGAACAACAACAAUCUACUCCUUCAGCUGGACACCAACAGCGAGAAAAUCACCAACAGAAAGAAAAUCACCAACAGCGAGAAAUUCACCAACAGCGAGAAAAUCACAAUCAGCAACAGUUGCAAAACAAUCACAUCAAAACACCGAAAAUACCGCCAGGAUUCGAGAACGCGUACCAACAACAGCAGCAACCGGUCAGAGCACCCCCCGGGCUGUCUGGUAACCGCGGACCAUCUCCUGCAGCACAGAACCAUCACAGAAUCAAAGCACCGCCCGGUCUGUCGUUGUCCGACAGCGGCGGCGGUGGUGGUAAACCGUUCGAGUAUGUGCAUCCAGCCGAAUCAUCAGUCCGAAACAAAGUGCUUAUCAACAACCUGAUGGCCGCGCUAAUACCUGCUCGCGACGAACGCUUUGACACGUUUGAAAAGUUCAAAGAGAUGUCCACGUUGUUUCGCAAACAAGUCAUUACCGCGUUUGACUUUUACUCGUACUGCGUCGAAGCACUUGCCCCCCACAGCUUUGAGUCCGUCUUCCAGGAACUUGUGUUGCUGUUGCCCGACAUCCAAAAGCAGCGGGAAUUACUGUUCAUUUAUAACCAGAACAGUAGACACGAGAUGAACGUAGAAGUGUGCAAGCACUGUCGUCAAGUGUUGAGUGCCAGUGACUUGGAAUCCCAUAUGUCCGUUCACGGUACGACAGCGCGCAGUUGAAAUGAAAUCUAUCCGCCUGUGUCUAUAUAGCAUAAAUCGAAUCUACAACGUCGAUUAUGCCUCCCAAAUGUAAUUAUUAAAUCAUCAUCAUUAUAUUUUAAUUUUUAUGUUAACUUUCAAAAUUGUGAUCGCGCUCUGGUGUGAAAAAUAUCAAAAAUAUUACUACCUUU